AUGCGGUCUCUCAGCUUGCUCCUGCUGACCGCCUCGCUCUCCCAGUGCGCGUUCGCCUGGCAGGGUGGUCACCGCGACAUCCAUCCCGAACACACCCUCCGCGAGCUGCACACGCGAAACAUCGUCUACAACGGCCAGAUCGCCAGCGCGUACGACUUCGUCAUCGUCGGCGGAGGCACCGCAGGGCUCGCACUCGCCUCCCGCCUCUCCGAAGACUCCAACACCACCGUCCUCGUCCUCGAAGCCGGCGACACCGGCGACGCCGUCGCCAGCAGGAUCAACGUCCCCGCGAACGCGUACUAUCAGGGCCUCCCCGGCUCGUCGUACGACUGGCAAUACCAGACCGUCAAGCAGGCGCAGGCCGGGUCCAGGCAGCUCGUAUGGCCGCGCGGCAAGGUGCUCGGCGGCUCGUCGGCCAUGAACGGCAUGUAUCACGUCCGCCCGUCCAAGGUUGAGAUCGACACAUGGGCGAGCCUCAUCGACGGCGGCUCCGACAAAUGGAGCUGGGACAAGCUCUUCGCCGCGAUGCAGGAGAGCGAGACGUUCACGCCCCCGUCGGCCACCGUGCAGGGCGAGGGCGACAUCCAGUUCGUUGCCUCCAGUCGCGGCACCAGCGGACCCGUGCAUGUGUCAUAUCCGGGCUUCAUGCUUCCCGUCGUUGGCAACUGGACGCCGACAUUGGCUAACGUUGGCGUCGCCUCCACCGACGACGCGUACGGUGGAGAUGGUUGGGGCACAUUUGUCGCAACGUCUUCGAUCAAUCCUAGCAACUGGACGCGCUCAUAUGCUCGGUCGGCUUACAUUGACCCUCUCCCUCCUCGCUCCAACCUCGCCAUCCUCCCUAACGCAACCGUCACUCGCAUUGUCUUCGACACCUCGAACGCGAACAACUUAACCGCGACGGGUGUAGAGUGGGCCUCCGCAGAUGGCGCUGCACAGCAAACGAUCAAGGCGAACAAGGAGGUCAUCUUAGCCAGUGGUACCAUCGGCAGCCCGCAAGUGCUGCAGUUAAGCGGUGUCGGGCCGUCUGACGUCUUAAAGGCCGCGGGGGUGAACGUGCUGCUUGACCUGCCAGGUGUUGGACAGCAUCUGCAGGACCACAUUAGCACGGAAGUCACUUGGAACGCCAACAUCGACACGGCAGGCUCCCUGCACGCCAACGAUGCGGACGGCAACACUGCCGUCUUCAUGUCCUUCAUCAACUCCGCCACUGCAUACGUGAACAUCACCAAUCUCCUAGGAGACUUCGCGUCACAGUUCCAGCAGGAGAUCGCCGCCAACUACUCCUCCUCGCUCGCCAACCUCUGCCCCAGCACCGACGCCACGGUCCAGAAGGGCUACGAGCUGAUCCACAACACCACCCUCAACACGCUCCUCACGAGCCCCAUCGGCCAGGUCGAGAUCCUCCUCAGCCUCGUCUCCGCAGGCUCCAUCUCCGUGCAGGCCGCGCUCCAGCACCCCUUCUCGCAGGGCCGCAUCUACAUCACGUCCAGCGACGCCUUCACGCCGCCCGCGAUCGACCCUCAGUACCUCUCGCACCCCGCCGACCGCGUCGUCCUCCGCGAGGGCCUCAAGCUCGCGCGCAAGAUCGGCCAGACCGCCCCGCUGAGCAGCGCGCUCGGCCAGGAGACGUACCCCGGCGCGGGCGUGCAGACGGACGACGACUGGGACGCGUGGCUCGCGACCACGAUCGGCACCGAGUACCACCCGUCAUCCACAUGCGCGAUGCUGCCCCUCGACGCGGGCGGCGUCGUCGACGCGGACCUCAAGGUGUAUGGCCUCGCCAACGUCCGCGUCGUCGACGCGUCCGUGUACCCGCUGUCGUUCUCCGCGCAUCUGCAAGCACCGACGUACGGCCUCGCCGAGCAGGCCGCGAAGAUCAUCCGCGCGACGUACAACGGCGUCGGCUGGCCGUCUGCCAGCGGUGACAACUCGGCUUCGGGCUCGAACACCUCGACGACCGCCGCGGCGCCUUCGUCUACUAACGUCACGACGGGCCACAAGAACGGCGCCUCGACGCUGUCGUACAGCGGCUCGCUCGUGCUGGCCGUCGCUGGCGCGCUCGCCGCGCUGCUCCUCUGA